GAGAGAGAGAGAGAGAGAGAGAGAGAGAGAGAGAGAGAAAGAGAGCCAGCAGCUCCCCUCUAUGCACUCAGUCGGAGACAGUUACCGCGGAUUGUGCAGACAGAGCAAUCAGUCCAGUACUGAGAGCUCGUUUUAUUUACGGUAAAAAUGUCGGCCAGACCAGGCUACUAUCGGCAGGAGCUGAACAAGACUGUAUGGGAGGUUCCCGAGCGGUACCAGAACCUGACUCCCGUGGGCUCGGGGGCCUACGGUUCGGUAUGCUCAGCAUAUGACGUGCGGCUACGACAGAAGGUGGCGGUGAAGAAGCUGUCUCGGCCUUUCCAGUCCCUUAUCCACAGUAGGCGCUCGUACCGCGAGCUCCGGCUACUCAAGCACAUGAAACAUGAGAAUGUAAUAGGACUACUGGAUGUAUUCUCCCCUGCUGCAUCGCUAGAGGACUUCCAUGAAGUCUACCUGGUAACCAACUUGAUGGGGGCAGACCUGAACAACAUAGUCAAAUUCCAGCGUCUCUCUGAUGAGCAUGUGCAGUUUCUUAUUUACCAGCUGCUCAGAGGCCUCAAGUACAUCCAUUCAGCAGGACUGAUCCACAGAGACCUAAAACCAAGUAACGUGGCAGUGAACGAGGACUGCGAGCUGAGGAUCCUUGACUUUGGAUUGGCCAGACAGACGGAUGAUGAGAUGACGGGGUACGUGGCGACUCGCUGGUAUCGAGCGCCAGAGAUCAUGCUUAAUUGGAUGCACUACAAUCAGACAGUGGAUAUCUGGUCAGUGGGAUGCAUCAUGGGAGAGCUGCUGAAGGGGAAGGUCCUGUUUCCAGGCAACGACUAUAUCGACCAGCUGAAGAGGAUUAUGGAGGUGGUGGGCACCCCGACCCCUGACCUUCUACAGAAGAUCUCUUCUGAACAUGCUCAGAAAUAUAUCCAGUCUCUACCCUUCAUGCCCCAGCAGGACUUAGAGAAGAUGUUCAGAGGAGCCAACCCAAUGGCUGUGAAUUUACUGAAGCGCAUGCUGGUUCUGGACUGUGAUGGGCGUAUCUCUGCCAGUGAGGCUCUCUCCCACCCUUAUUUCUCCCAGUACCACGACCCGGACGACGAACCAGAGGCCCUGCCCUACGACCAGACGCUGGAGAGCAAGGACCGCACACUAGAGGAGUGGAAAGAGCUGGUGUUCGGGGAGAUGAAAGGAAUCAAAGCGCCUGUCAGCGAGACGACUAGUCUACAGGUGGAACAGUGAAAGACAAACCCCGCCUCCUUCUGCUCGGUCUGUCCCGUCAGCUGAGGAAGGACCGCCGUCUUGUCUCCGUCUGUCUGUCGGCCGGCGUUGGGGAGGCGGGAGGAUCCGGGAGAAAGAGAGAAACAACGCUGUGUCCCCUAGAGGCAUGACACCCCUCCCCUUGCUCACUGUGACUGGCUAUUUGACUGCCUGUCUUGAGUUUUGUAAAAGGGGAGCAGGGAGAGGGGAGGUCUGGUUGAACUGAAAGUGAUGAGAAUACGCACAUUACGAUGAUUACAGGGAGCAGCAUGCUUUGAUAGGUAUAUGUUUACAGUCUGUUGAAGAGAGGUAGGAGAGAGAGACAGACAGAGACAGAGAGAGAAAGUAGCACUAGGGUUUUCAAACCUACCUAAGGGUCCAACUGGUAAAUCGUCAUUGGCUAUAGGUUACUGGAAAUCUUUCGUCAUGAAGACAUUUUAUAAGCAGUCAUAACGGAUGUCAGUUUAAGUCUGCUUAUAACACCUGUUAUGUCAUGGUAAUGACAGUUUUAUGACAUAGGGUUCUAGUGAAUUGUUGUCAAGAAUUUUCCACACAUUUUAUCAUAUUUCUAUUUUAGUUGUAGCAAAUAUCUGUUAUUUCACAGAAACGUACAUAAGAUGGUUCCUCCCUCGAUAUAGACCAAUGAAUGCUCUUUGUGCUGUUACUGCACAAAAUCCCCCAACACUCACCAAUAUGCCACUGAAUGACCAAUGACAAAGAUAUACUGUACAUGGACAGGAUUAGUGUCUGUAGGGUUUAAGACUUUGCAUUAUGUACAACUAUUGGCCAGAUUCCCUAAGCAUUUACAACUGUUUUUACAGAACAACACCGGUGGUAGUGUUUUGUUUAUGGAGACAUAACUGCAUUGCUGCAAAUGCUAUGUAGAUAUGUCCCAAUGUACAGGUAACUGCCAACAUAAAGAAUCCAUCAACAUAAAGGGUUUUAAUAGGGCCUUGGGCCAACACAAGCCAGAGCAGAUUCAGUGCACCUUGGCAAAGUGUCUGGAACUCUAUUGGUGGGAUGCGACACCGUUCUUCCAUGGGAAAUUCCAUCGUUUGGUGUUUUGUUGGGGGUGGUGGAAAACGCUGUCUCAGGCGCUGCUCCAGAAUCUCCCAUAAGUGUUCAAUUGGGUUGAGAUCUGGUGACUGAGACGGCCAUGGUAUAUGGUUUACAUCGUUUUCAUGCUCAUCAAACCAUUCAGUGACCAUUCGUGCCCUGUCGAUGGGGGCAUUGUCAUCCUGUGGGGGCAUAGUCAUGGUGGCCAAAAUAAUGGCCUGCCCAGAAUUUUUAUACAUGACCCUAAACAUGAUGGGAUGUUACUUGAUUAAUUAACUCAGAAACCAUACCUAUGUGGAAGCACCUGUUUUCAAUAUGAUUUGUAUCUCUUAUUAACUCAAGUGUCUCCAUUAUUUUUGCAGUGACCUGUAUGUAAGCAUGUAUGCAUUUGUUGCUGGUAUCACCCAUUUCAAAUUCCACUUGGCUCCAGUCCAACAGGUUUUACUAGUCCCUGGCUCUGUUGAGAAACCCAAACCUAUAGCUGAAGUUUAUCUGAACAUUCAACAGAUACUAUUACCCACAGUGACUCCCACAGAUACCAUUACCCACAGUGACUCCCACAGAUACCAUUACCCACAGUGACUCCCAGAUGCAUUAUGCAGAUUAAAUUGGAUUUACAAUAGGUCUGAAUGUUGUCAUUUCAGAGGUCUAAUAUUCAGCAUGUUAUAAAGGGGCGUACUGAGGUGAACGAUUUACAGGGGAGUAAAAUAAUUCAAUUUUCAGUAAAAAACAUGUUCUGGAACUGCAACAUCAAUCAUAUACACAAUGCCUCAAUUACAGUAGAGCUCAUCCAAAAUACUCUUUCUCGAUUGAUGUUUGACUAUUUACGGUCCUGUAUGUGUCAUGUACAAAUGUUGAUUUUGGAAACUUGGUGGAUUUAAAAAGAACUGCAAAAAAGAUGAAUGUAUACAAAACUGUAUGUUUAAAAAACAAGUGUCUUUUCAUUCUAUGGUGGCAUGAAUUUGAACUGUACAAUUUCUGCCGUAUGCAUUUCCAAUCAAUAACCGAAUGUCAACUCUGUGUCAUAAUGCAAUGACAACUCAUGACAGUUGAUGUCAACCAACUCAACUCUAUUACAACAGUUAUAACACCAUUAUGCAGCAUGAACAAGUAAACAUUUGGUUACACAUAUUCAGAAUAAAUCAAAUCGAUCUAUUUCCUGUCUUGGUAACGUUAUGAAUGCGUGCAUCAAUCCAGUCUUGUUUUCCCCAAAAAAUGAUUAAGUCUGUUGUUGUAUGGACAAACUCCUUUAUAUUUCCAAGUAUCACGCAGCAGCCUAUCAGCCGGUAUGCAGCACUAUGUCAGUGGUGAGAAUCUGUCAUGGGCAUAGCAUGUUGUGGCAUUAUGAAAGACCACUUUACUCCAGAGUUAUGGCCUACUCAUUCCUCCUCCACAUGGCCAAAGUUCCAUCAAUACUCCCAGCCCACACAAACAGUAGCUUUCCAGUGCUUUAUGGGUUCCAAGUCUGAGUAUACAUGGCCUUUUCUGUGUGUGUGUGUGUGUGUGUGUGUGUGUGUGUGUGUGUGUGUGACGGAGAGGUCUGGCUUGUGUCAUGGAAAGAUGAUGGUAUUCCAACAAACAUGCCUGCAGGCAUCAAACUAUGUCAUAAUCUCUCAGCCACAGAACAGAGACAGUAUUAUGAGAGACCAUCAUGACGACGCAUGUAUCCUCUUCUUCCUCGUCCUCAAUAAAAGCUAAAUUCAUCACCA